AUGCCUUCCUUUCCCUCUCGACCGCUCGUCAGAGCCAGAGAUGAUGGGCUACAGCUGAGUUACCAGCUUCCUCACCGUGUUUACACCGCUCAAGGCUACCCGAUCCUCGCCCCUAACGGCUCUUCCGUUGUUGUCUAUGGCUAUGAAGAUGGACUGAAGGUCAUUUGGCGAGGAGGACGGCCGUUUUCGCAUCAGAGACCACCACCCCCGAAGCAGGACACACCGCGGAAGCCCAGCCGUAACAAUGACGAUGCGAUCAUGAUCAUCGACUCCGAUGAUGAGAGCAUGGCGGACACCCACAAAGACGAGGAACCAGAAGCCGCAACAUACGAUUUUGAGGAUGAGGACCCCGAGGUUGAUCCUGCUCACCCGUACGAGGGUAUUCUGCGCCAGAUUGAUAUACCCCUUGGAAGCCGGGUCAUAGACAUCGCUGUUCCUCGCGUGCUCCCCGAGAGUGCGCGCUCGCACCUCGACCCGUUCCCAGCGAUCCUGAACAAACUUAUUGUCGUGUCGGCAGUAUGUGCAGACUAUUCUACACGCGUUGUGACAGUACCUUUGGCUCCUCCGCAGCCGACGGGAAACGACAUGGCUGCAUGGGGUAUCCAGACAUUCGCAAUCAGCGCAGUAUCGCAUCAGGAGAUUCCGCGAGGAGUGAGCAUCACAUUCACUUACCAGGAAAGCGACUCGCAGGACGGCGGUCAGGGAAGAUGGGAGCUUCUCGUUGCCACUCAUUCCGCGGAGUCGUCUGGCUUGCUCGUCAUUCAUCGGAUUCCAAUCGCAGAAGACAAAAAGACCGACAACGUUUCAUAUCGUCUCGUGGCCGAAGAUGUUGAGACGAAGCGUCGCUAUCUACCCUCUCCCGCGCAGAACAUAGCUUUCAACCCGUCCAUGUAUCCGGCUGCAAGACAUUCAACAUUGUUGGUUUCGUUUCACUCAGGCUGUGUCAAGGUGUACUCCUGCUUCUCCACAAAACCAUCCAAGUCUUCUCGAAGAGCUGGUGCAGCGCAGAAUGAUUAUGAAACAUCAGAAACAGAAGGAAAAUGGUUGAUCAGUCUCUACCCCGGCUUCGAGCUGUCAUCGUCAAACCUUCCGCGGCGCAAGUCUAUCACGAAUGCCGAGUGGGUGUUGGGUGGACGAGCCAUCAUGGUGCUCAUGGCAGAUGGUGACUGGGGAGUCUGGGAUCUCGAAGGAGCCGGACCUGGUACAGCCAAGGGCCCUCUCCAGCGACAGUCAAGCGUGCAAGGCGUGUCAGGUGGAGCAUUGACUGCGUUUUCAGUCAGCGGGCGUAUCCUCAGUUUCCCCUCUGGUGGCAAAUCGGAGACGGCGGUUGAGCAUCGCCCGAGGUUCGCUCCAAUGACCCCUUCGACUAAACGUAUCCGCGAGGACACUUUGCUGAAAGGGAACGCGGCUGGAACGUCUACAUCGUCUUUACGUGGCGGAAUCUCGGUAUACCAGACGAAUACUACGCAGGACGCCUUGCCAGAUGAAUCGAUUCUCAUUCGACAUGGAAGCCAAAGUGCUGUCAUACCCAGUCUCUUGACUCUGUGGCGGAGCGCUGUCAAGUCGACAGGAACACUGGAUGCAUCCAACCGUUGUCGGGUGACACCGAUUCAUGAUAUCGCGCUCAUGGGUGAGCCUCUGAAGCAAAUUAGCCACGUUCCUGCGCCUUCUCGCCAAUCUCACCUGGAGCCCCGGACGUUUGAUAUCAUCGUCGCCGCAGAACAUCGUCUUGUGAUUCUCGCUGCGAAGCUGACAGAGCCGGAGCCGGCGCCUAUCUCCCACGCAUCGGUCGCGGAGUCUUCUACAGUCGAGGCGGACCAGCUCCGACUUCGCCAAGGAGAGCUAGACGUCGAUGGAAUGGACCGGCUGCUGAAUGGAAUGGCGCACGGCCGCUCGCUUCACAUGGGAAGCCCGGUCAAGCGGACGCGGAUUUUUGCAUGA